AUGGCUAUCAUUACAGCGGCUUUCCCUAGUGAUGCACUUCACUAUGUUGUAUAUGCAGUUCCUCUUCUGUUCUUACUCUACCUUGCCCUCAAUUAUUUCUACAAUUCAUUACACAUCUUUCCAGGUCCUUUCUGGGCACACUUUACUGAUAUCUGGCGGUACCUCGAUGUGAAAGGUCGACGCCCGGAGGUCACGCAUAUAGCUCUGCAUCGCAAGUAUGGCGAUAUUGUGCGCCUUGGACCACGAACUUUGUCCUUCGCCGACCCAAAGGCAACGAAGGUGAUCUACGGUCUAAACAAGGGUUUCACUAAGUCCGAGUUUUACCCAGUCCAAAUGACCGUUUCUAAAGGCGAGCCAUUGCCAUCGCUGUUCUCUACUCUUGAUGAAAGCUUCCAUGCGAAUCUCCGCCGUUCUGUCAACAAUGCAUUCUCGAUGAGUUCAUUGGUACAGUAUGAACCAAUGGUCGAUGAGACUACGGAGAUCUUCCUCAAUCAAACGGACCGCCUCUUCGCUGAUGGAGCCACAGUGUGCGAUUUCGCACGAUGGCUACAAUUCUUUGCCUUUGAUGUUAUUGGAAGCAUCACCUAUAGCAAACGCCACGGUUUUAUCGAGAAAAACGAAGACAUCGACGGCAUUGUCAAAUCCCUGGCAAAUAUCUUCGAUUACUCUGCUCCUGUUGGUCAGAUGCCAUGGCUGGAUAAACUGUUUUGGAAGAACCCGAUAUUUGAUAUCCUGCAGAAAUUGGGCUUAUCAGAUAAUUCGCACCCUGUGGCCGUCUUCGCGAAGCACCGCAUGGAAGAACGUAUGUCAGCAAAAGGUGCUGUAACAGGCCCGGUGUCAAAGGAUGAUCUUCUCACUAUGUUCAUCAAGGCGGGUGAAAGCCGUCCAGACUUCAUGACCAACAAACGAAUCCUUACCAUGGCCACCUCUAUGGCCUUUGCUGGGUCUGAAACCACCGCCAUCAGCAUUGCAGCCGUGUUCUACUAUAUACUCAAGAGCCCCGAGUGCAUGAGACGGGUUAAGCAAGAACUGGACGACGCUGUUGACAACGGUACGAUUGCGAACCGCCCAACGGGACUUGUCUCAUGGACAGAGUCGCGGCAGCUCCCCUAUCUCGAUGCCUGCAUAAAGGAAGCUUUCCGUAUGCAUCCCGCUGCGGGACUUCCUCUGGAACGUGUUGUUCCUGCGUCGGGGUGGAGAUCUCUGGACAUUUCAUUCGGGGUGGAACAAUCGUUGGCUGUAGCCCCUGGGUUAUUCACCGUCGUACAGACAUCUUUGGUCCAGAUGCCGAUGUAUACAACCCUGAUAGAUGGCUUACUGCUCCACCGGAUCAAUUGA